CCUCAUUCCAAAUCACAAAUGUUGUGGUGCUGUGUAAGGCAAAAUGGCGCUUCGAAAGUUCAUUUUUAUUGCCCUAUACGUGUUUGCAUUUUGCCAAAUUUCAACAGAAACUGAACCACAAGACAGUUUAUGGGAAGAAAGUGCGCUAAGAAAGCCGUUUUAUCACAAUUAUGACGAAUUGACACGGCUUUUAGAAAGUUAUUCCAAGCGUUACAAGAAAAUUGCCAGGCUUCAUUCGGUUGGUAAAUCAGUAUUAAAUCGCCACCUCUGGGCUUUACAAAUCACGGAUCACCCAGAUAUAAUAGAGCCAGGGGAGCCUAUGUUCAAAUAUGUCGGCAAUAUGCACGGGAACGAAGCCGUAGGAAGACAAAUUCUGAUUUAUUUGGUUCAAUAUUUGUUAGAGAACUAUGGGAAGACUGGCCACGAGAGAAUAACUAAACUUGUUAACUCAACAAAUAUUUAUAUAAUGCCAUCAAUGAACCCUGAUGGUUUUGAGAGGUCAAAGGAAUUGGACUGUGAUGGCCUUGUCGGCCGUAGAAACGAAAACAAUGUUAAUUUAAAUCGAAAUUUCCCUGAUCAAUUUAAUAACUGGUUAGAUUAUGAUGUAUCAAAUGCUCAGCCAGAAACCAAAGCUGUGAUAAAAUGGAUCUAUGAGAAUCCUUUUGUAUUAUCUGCGAAUUUACAUGGUGGUUCAUUAGUGGCGAGUUAUCCUUUUGACAGCAAUCGUUAUCAUAGACCAUUCUGGUAUUAUAGCAAAUCACCAGAUGACGAGAUAUUCAGAGAAUUGGCACUGACUUAUUCGCGGCAUCACCAUACAAUGAAAAAUGGUGACCCCAGAUGUCACACCCACUUUAAGAAUGGCAUCACCAAUGGCGCCUAUUGGUAUGAUGUCCCAGGAGGCAUGCAAGAUAUCAAUUAUUUGAUCAGCAACUGUUUUGAGAUCACUCUAGAGUUAUCUUGUUGUAAGUACCCAAAUUCAACAGAGCUACCAAAAGAGUGGAAAAACAACAAGAAUGCAUUGCUAACAUACAUGGAGGAAGUCCAUAAGGGAAUCAAAGGUUUUGUCAGGGACAGAAGUGGUAAUGGCAUUCAAGGAGCAGUUGUUCAUGUUUUGGGUAUAAAGAAAAAUGUGACAACCGCCAGGCAUGGGGACUUCUGGAGACUACUAGUGCCUGGGAAUUACACAGUAUUGGUAACUGCCCCUGGAUUCCACCAAGCCAAAAGAACUGACAUUAUUGUUGAAAAGAGUUCAGCCAUUGAAGUGAACUUUGUUUUAAGCAAAUCUUCACAACAAAGUGGUACUAAUUUCAAGUUAAAUGACCCUAUUGAUAAUUUACCAUGGUUAAACAAGAUUAUUUCAGAGUUAGAUGACCAGGGAAGACCAGAGUAUAUUACUAAAGAGACCAGUAAAAUCAGGAGAGAUAUUGCUUCAAUAAGCCCUAUGCCCACCCAAGUCCCUUACUCUUUCAUCCCAAUGUCAGCUGAUGAUGUAAAAGAGAUUGUGAAAGACUGGGUUAAGCCACGGAUCUUUAAGCAUCACACUCACAAAGAGAUGACUUCUUUCCUGAAGAAAGUUCAUGAGCUCUAUCCACAUAUUACAAGACUGUACUCGGCAGGUUACUCUGUCAAGGGGCGAGAGUUGUGGGUGAUGGAAAUCUCUGACAACCCUGGCACCCAUGAGCCUGGGGAACCAGAGUUUAAGUAUGUUGGAAACAUGCAUGGGAAUGAAGUUGUAGGAAGAGAGAUGUUGCUUCUCCUGAUUCAAGUUCUUUGUGAGAACUAUCACAGGAUCAGCUCCAUCACUGCGCUAGUGGACUAUACACGGAUACACAUUAUGCCAUCAAUGAACCCAGAUGGCCAUGCUGUGUCGAUUGAAGGUGACAAACAAAGUGUUACUGGACGGCCAAAUGCCCAUCAUGUAGAUUUAAACCGUAAUUUUCCUGACCAGUUUUCUGAUGAGGAUGGCCACCAGGAACCUGAGACUAAAGCCAUCAUAAAAUGGCUUUCGGAGUACCCAUUUGUCCUAUCAGCAAAUCUUCAUGGGGGCUCUGUUGUGGCAAAUUAUCCAUUUGAUGACACAGAGUAUGGAGAAGAGCGAUAUAGCAAAAGCCCUGAUGACAUAGUGUUCAAAUAUCUAGCACUGUCAUAUUCUCUAGCGCACCCAACAAUGUCCAAUAACAAACCAGCAUGUCCUGAAACAGACCCUGGGGAAGUAUUCAAGAAUGGUAUUACUAAUGGUGCGGCAUGGUAUAAUGUGAAGGGAGGGAUGCAGGAUUAUAACUACCUGCACAGUAACUGUUUUGAGAUCACUGUUGAAAUGAGCUGCAACAAAUAUCCAUACCGAACACAACUACAGCACUUCUGGAAUGACAACAAAGUAUCCCUGAUUACAUUCAUGGCACAAGUUCACAUUGGGGUGCGAGGUUUUGUCAAGUCAGAUUCAGGGGAAAGUAUCCCUAAUGCUGUGAUAUCAGUCGAAGGAAUCAACCAUCAUGUCUUGUCUGGCAAAGAUGGUGACUACUGGAGGCUUCUAUUAAAAGGGAAUUACAAACUCACAGCAGCUGCUAAAGGUUACCAGCAACAAACCCAGAAUGUUGUGGUAAAGAGGGGACUAGCAACAGAAGCUAACUUCACACUGCAGCCUCUCAGUUACGCCAAGGCAAAGCUAAGGCCUCCUACUACACCCAUGACAACAACAACUGUUGCACCAACUACAGGAGCAGUUACUAUGGAAACCACCAUACCACCAACAACAGUUCCCACCCCAGCAGCGCCAUCAUACAAGUAUCACGACUACAAAACAAUGACACAAAUGCUGCAAUCAUAUUACCUGAAGUGCCCUGGCAUCAUCAGGCUCCAGAGCAUUGGGAAAAGUCAGGAAGGUCGAAAGAUAUGGUCCCUGGAAAUAUCUGUGAACCCCGGACAGGAGAACCCAUACAAACCUAAUGUUGGGAUGGUGGGAAGCUUACAGGGAUCUGACGUUAUUGGUAGGGAGAUGUUGCUGGCAUUAGUGGGUUAUCUUUGUGAAGGCUACAAGAGCAAGGAAGCAAGAGUAGUAAAGUUGCUGCAGACAACCAGAUUACAUGUGGUUCCUGCUGUUGAUGUUGAUGGCAAUGAGAAAGCCAGGGAAGGAGACUGUCAAGGGAAACUGGACUCAAACAAUGACAUUUCAAAGAGUUUCUACUAUGAUAUGCCAGAGAAUACCAGGAUGAGAAGGGAAUCAGACAAGAUUGAUUCAUUUCUCUUAGGAGCUAUGCAAGAACCAGUAGAGGUCCAGUCCAUCAAGCAGUGGAUGAGGAGCAUCAAAUUUGAUCUGAUGGCAGACAUGAAUGGAGGGGAGCUUGUGGCAAGAUACCCUCUCAAUGCUCAGUACACUGGUAACCCCCAUGUCAAGGGUGCCACAACUUCUGAUGAGAAGACGUUUAUCGACAUUGCCACAACCUAUGCAAGAAGCCACCCAAAAAUGAAGUUAGGCCAUGGGUGCAAUGGGUCAAUCCCACAGUUUGCCAAUGGCAUAACAAAGGGUGCCACAUGGAGGGAAAUGCAUUACACCAUGCAAGAUUAUGCAUACCUAGAUAUGAACAUCCUUCAACUGUCCUUCUUUGUGUCUUGCUGCAAGUACCCUCCAAUAGAUUCCUUUGAGAGCAUCUUGAAAUCCAAUGCGAUUCCCAUGAUCAACUUUAUCAAGAAAUCUCAUCAAGCUCUUACAGGAAUAAUCCAGACUUUCAAUCACACCCCUAUACACAAUGCUUCUUUGAGAGUACACAAUAGCAAGAUCAAGAUUGACAUUGGCUUAAAGAACUCAAGCUUCUAUAAGAUCCUAGCACCAGGGAAAUACAUACUGAAAGCCAGUGCACCAGGGUACUCCACUGCCACCAAGGAAGUCCUCAUCACACCAGGGAAGACCACUGAUGUUAUGUUCACACUCCAUGCUGCACCAAAGUUCUCUCAUCACCAGCCUGAUGAGAUUGGCAAGUGGAUGCAAACGAUGGCCAAGAGAUGUCCCAAGAUAGCCCAUGUGUACAGUAUUGGAAUGUCAGUCCAGUUCAGGCGCAUAUGGGUAAUGGAGCUAUCUGAUAAGCCUGGUGUUCAUCAGCCUGGGAAGCCAGAGUUUAGCUAUGUUGCAGGUAUCCAUGGUAACGAGGUUGUUGGUAAGGAGAUGGUGCUCCUGUUGAUUCAGCACCUGUGUCUGAGUUAUGGCAAGGAUGACAUGGUGACACGGCUGGUGGAUAGCACAAGACUACACUUCCUACCCCUGAUGAACCCUGAUGGAGGCGUGGUUGCCCAGGAAGGCAAUUGCAACUCAGAGACUGGCAGGACCAAUGCCAGGAAGGUGGAUUUAUGGACGAAUUUCCCGGGAGUAUACUCCUCUAAAGAAAAAGAUGCUGAGCCUGAAACAAAGGCUGUUAUGGAAUGGCUAAAGGUUCAUCCUUUUGUACUCUCCGCCCAUCUCCAUGGGGGCAGCCUUCAUGCGAGCUACCCCUACAGUGCCCACCCGAAGGGUAUCACUGCCCCAAACAUCACUCCAGACGAUGACAUCUUCAACUACCUAGCAACUGUCUAUGCCAACAUGCACCCCACAAUGCAUCAUGGGAAGCCCUCAUGUCCUGGUCCCAAGGUGAAGGAAGAAUUUCAUGGUGGCAUCACUAAUGGUGCAGCUUGGAAAAGUGAGGAUGGAGGAAUGCAAGACUACAGCUAUGAUAACACCAAUUGCUUCGCCAUAUCCAUCCACAUGGGUUGCUGCAAGUUCCCCCAGGCGGAGGAAUUAGAGCAUCACUGGAAAGAGCACAGAGAAGCAAUGAUGAGAUUCAUGGAGCAGGUUCAUCGUGGGAUCAGAGGUUUUGUACGCGACAGUUCCGGUCAACCAAUCGAAGGCGCCGUCAUAUCCAUCAAAGGCCGCAGUCAUGACGUCACAUCCGCUAAAGAUGGUGACUACUGGCGUUUACUCGUCCCAGGACGCUACGAAAUGGAGGUAACGGCUCCAGGUUUUGGCACAGUGAAAAAGACCAUUGAUGUGCUCCCAAAUGAGCCUGCUAAGCAAGUGGACUUCGCCUUGGACACGCGAGGACUGUUGUACGGAAUUCCUUCCAUGCUGCUUGCUGGGAUAACCGUUCUGGUCGUGGUAGUGUUGUGCUUAAUUUGCUUUGGUUUGUGGAAGUUCAAAAGAAGACGAAAGGUCAAAAAGGCACUGAAAAGAAACGGUUAUCAGAACGACUACAACGACUCGCUAUCCGUGAACUCGUUCAACUCGAAAGCGCUGCUGAACAACGAGUAUUCGGAUGAUACAGACGAGGAUGAGGAGGAGAUAAUACUUGACCAUAUGAAUCACACCAGACGAUACUGAUAGAUACUGAUAUUACGUACGUCGAAUUUAAAUAUAAUAAACGUGGGUUGUAUUCAGCGAGACUGAACAAAUCUUUAAUUUAAUUGUACAUUAGAAAAUGAGAUAUAUAGUGUGCGCCAAAUGGCAUAAGAAAGAACGAGAUUUUGUAAUAGAAUAAAAGCAGAAAGACGUAUAUUUUUGCUACGGUUUUCAGCGAAGAAAAUCAAAUUUGAAUAUUUUCGACAAAUCAGUAUACUAUUCCAUGGACGAUAUUCUAUUACAUGUAGAUGGUAUAUAAUCCACAUGAGCUUUGGUGUGAAAUAGACGUUUGAAGUUUGGAGAA